AUGAGUUGCAUUAUUCACGCAGACUGGCUACCGGAUGACUUCCCUUGGGACACGUUCACGUGGCUCUCGAAAGACAACUUGAAGAAACAAUGUGCGAAGCGGUACCUUCCUGUUUCCGGUACCAAGUCCGUGCUUGGACAGCGACUGCUCGACUACCAGCGCACCCAUACCACCGAGAGACACUUUCGGCAAGAUUUUCCCUGCCUCCAUGUCGAAUAUCUCCUUCGCAAAGUUUUCAACACCCCGGAGCUUCUUCUCUGGCAAGAAGCCUACCUGACUUCAGAACUCGAAUACAUAUACAAAAAAAGCCACGCCGCCCUUAGUCGUGUCAAGCCAGACCGUUACCGUCAGGGAAAGCAAUGCGUCAUAUGUUUCGCUGUGCAUAAGACGCAUGAAUUGAAUGUACCUUGCAGUUUGUGCGGAUUGCCAACACAUCCUUUUUGCCUCAAAGCCUUGAGGAAGAAGAGACAAUGCGAUCCUUCGCAAGCGAGUCAAUGCCUCCUCUGCUUGGACAAGACCGCCUUGGCCGUUGGGAAGUACUUUGGUCGGUCUCAGGUCUCGCCCGCCAUUGCCAUUCCUGUCCCCGUCCCCGCCCCCGCCUCCGUCGCCCCAGCCAGCAUCAGGGCACAAGCCGGAUCGGACCGAUCGAUAACAGGUGCUAUUCAAUCGGAGGCUGUAUCACCCGACUCCAUAGAGCGAAGGACCAUCCUGCAGGAGCCACACAGCGCAGCACAGCAAAGGUGCACAUCGACGCCGCUCCCAGGGGUCCCGGCGCUUAUUUGGCAGGAGAUGCACCAGCAGGCACGAGAACAGAAAGAACAACAACAACAAGAGCAAAGUGAGCAACGACAACGACAAGAUGAGCAAAAACAUGAACAACAAAGACAGCAGCAGCAGGCGCAGGCAAAGGUGCGAGCCAUUCGCCCCGUCAUCACUGAGGUAAGGGUCUCGGAACUCCCUGGCCCUGCCCGGGUAGAGGUAAGCCGCCGAGCAGCAACAACACAGACGCCCAUCGCCAAGAAGCUGGUAUUUGAGGAUCUUUGGGGGAGAUUUGGUCAGUCGGCGGUGGUCGGUAAAGGACUGAAAAGAAAUCCUCCACCUUACCCGGCUUUAGACACCACUUCUCAGGCCGCCAAAAUCCAGGCCGCCAAAGUCCAGGCUGCCAAAGUCCAGGCUGCUACUCCUGCUGCUGCUGGUAGCGGUGCCAAUACAAUCAUCACAGCCACUCUUGAUAAUACUAAUAACAACAAAAAUGACAACAACAACUCUGACAGAAAGGCCGCCAGGCUAGCGCGCAAUCUCAAGCGGCUUGAAGCAAAGUUAGAGCAUCUAGAGAGGGAGGCAGAUUAUUACUACACAAAAGCCGAGAGAAAAUCGCAAAGAUAUCAGACAGUUCAAAAGAAGAUUCGGAAAAUUAAGGAGAAGGCGGAGAAGAGGGCUUUGGCGAGAAGAAGAGAAGGGGUAGAGGAGGGAGCGGUCAGCGAUGUUGUGUGA